UUCAUUUCCAAUUCUUACCCAAUUAUACCUACUUUUCUUCUAUCCUUCCUCCCACUUUCCUCCAUUAAAAUUAAUAUUCUACCUUUUGAUCUUUGAUUUUCAUUUCAAUCUCUAUUUUUCUUCCUUCCAUUUCUGAAUUUUCGUACUCUCUGCCGUGUAUUCACCAAUUUAGGGUUUGAAUUUGACCCCAAUUUGUUGAAUUAAGGGUUUCCUGAUGGUAUUACAAUUUAUUUGAUUCAUUCGAUUUGUUAGGGUUUCUGUAAGUGUGAAUUCUUCUUGUUGUUUUCGUUUUGUUGAUAUGAUGGAUUUGUAGUGUAGGUUUUUGAUUUCGUAAAUUAGGGUUUUGAAAUUCGAUUGAAUUUCAUUUUGUAAAUUAGAUAGAAGCGAAAAUGUCGUCAGCUGGUCUUGCUGUUAGUAGAAUUAGGACUGAGGACCCUCCGAUUUCGCCUAAGUUUUUUCAUAAUGCACUGAAUUUGAACUCUGAUGAAUCGAUAAUGGUGUUUUUGAGCGUGUCUGGGAAUGUUAUUCCGUUACGUGUGUUUGGAUCGGAUUCAAUUGAGUCUGUAAAAUUGAAGAUUCAAAGUUACAAAGGUUUUUACGUGAAACAACAGAAAUUAGUUUGUGGAGGUAGAGAAUUAUCUCGCAGUAAUUCAAUGGUGCGUGAUUAUGGAGUUGCCAAUGGUAAUGUUCUUCAUUUAGUUCUUAGGUUAUCUGAUCUUCAAACUAUCAAUGUUAAGACUACUUGUGGAAAGGAGUUAACUUUUGAUGUUGGUCGCUAUCGUAAUGUUAGUUAUGUUAAGAAGCAGAUAGCCAAGAAGGUUAAAGGUUUAGUGGAUAAGGAGGAUCAGGAGCUUGUUUAUGAAGGUGCAUUGCUGGAAGAUAAGCAGUUAGUUGACGACAUUUGUAAGCGAGAAGAUGGUGUGAUUCAUUUGCUUGUUAGGAAAUCGGCUAAGGUUAGAACUAAGCGUGUCGAGAAGACUUUAGAUGAGUUAUGUGUGGAUGCACCAGUUGAAUCGAAGGAAUUGGGAUUGGUGUCGAGCAAGGUAGCUGAGAAAGAGUUUGAACUAUUACCAGUUGUGGUGAAUAAAGAGGCUUCAGUACCUUUAGCAGUAUUAGAUGUGAUGGAUUUGACUAAUGAGGGGUUGGAGUGUGGUAAUAGUCCGAUUAGAUCGUCUGAGGGUUCAGGAGGUGUGUACCUUAUGCAGGAUUCGAGUGGUCUAGAGUAUGUGUCAGUGUUUAAGCCUAUCGACGAGGAGCCUAAUGCAAGGAAUAAUCCUCAUGGAUUACCUUUGAGCUCUGAUGGCGAAGGGUUGAAAAGGGGUACAAGAGUUGGGCAUGGGGCGUUUCGAGAAGUAGCAGCUUAUCUCUUGGAUCAUCCAUUGAAAGGGAGACGAGAUGUCACUGGAGAGGCGUUGGGGUUUGCCGGGGUUCCUCCUACAUAUUUGGUGAGUUGUUUGCACGGCGGUUUUAAUCACCCUAACGACAUCACUCAUAAGAUAGGAUCCUUGCAGAAGUUUAUGAAGAAUGAUGGAAGCUGUGAGGAUAUCGGUCCUGGUUCUUUCCCUGUGGAAGAAGUGCACAAAAUUUCUGUACUUGAUAUAAGGUUGGCUAAUGCUGACAGACAUGCUGGAAAUGUAUUGUACCAGAAGAACAAUGAAACGGGUCAAACUGUCCUGAUUCCCAUCGAUCAUGGAUACUGCUUGCCUGAGUGUUUUGAAGACUGUACUUUCGAAUGGCUCUACUGGCCUCAAGCUCGUCAGCCAUAUUCAGCUGAAACUGUGGAGUACAUAAAGUCCUUGGAUGCUAAGGAAGACAUUGCUCUUCUGAAGUUCUAUGGAUGGGACCUUCCUGUUGAGAGUUCUCGCACCCUGCACAUUUCUACUAUGCUGCUAAAGAAAGGAGUAGAACGGGGGUUAACUCCAUAUGACAUUGGAAGUAUCAUGUGUCGGGUGAACAUCAGGCAAGAGUCUGUGAUCGAGAAGAUUGUUCAAGAAGCUCUUGAUUCUGCACUUCCAUGCUCAAGUGAAGAGACCUUCCUCGAAACUGUGUCAGACAUCAUGGAUCGUCACCUUGAUGAGAUGUUUGGGUAGUUGUCCUGCUUCUUGCUGAUUGCACAAGUGGCCUUCCUUGAGACUGUCCAACAUCAUGUAUGCUCGAUCAGUUACGGAAAUGCUCCUGUGUAGGUACAUAGAUGUGCAUUACGUUCGGUACAAAAAGUACAAUAAUAGGGGAUGGUAGAUAUUUUUCUUUUUAAGGUUUCCCUCAAUUGAAGUACAUUCUUUAAUUCACUUCAAGUUUAAUAUGAUUUGGCCAAAGUUUAGAGAUCUCUCAGCAUGAUUUGAGCACGGUUUUCUUGCUAUGGCAAUCUCUUAUCUCAUUGUGCUUGUUUCUCAAUUGUAUUGCAUCCGACUCUCAGUUGUGUUUAGACGGAAUCUCACUAAGAUUUGUUUGAGACUA